CGGCUCUAUUUUGGAAAAAAAAAAGCGCGGGUGGAAUCUGUCAAAUUCAGCGUGCCCCUCACUCUCCCACCCUUAACUUUAAGCGAGAGCGAAGACCGUUAUUUUUCUUUCUUGCAUUCUCUCUUCAAUCUUUUAUAUAGACACAUAUAAUGCCUGCAAAGUUCUCAUUACCCAAAAUCACUCCACAAACAAAGCCUUUCGUGAGUGCGUUGAAGCUGGCUCUUGCCGUUAACGUGGCUGGUUCCAAGAUCGCUCAAGUUGCCGGUGACGCAGUUACGCUUGAGCUUCCUAACGGCGUUGUCCUGACCGAUGCUAACGUCGCUGUCAAAUAUAUCCUUAAUGCCGUGUCUUUCGACGGAUCUGAAGUGUCCCUGAUCCAAAGCGCAGUUAUUGAAAAGGAAGAAACUGCUGUUUCUCGACUUGUACUCCAAAAGAAGACGCAGGAAGCAUUGGAAAUUGCCGAAUCGCUUGUUGCUCAAUAUGGAUCCAAGGUUUUUGGUGGUGCCGAUAAACUUAAUGCAGUCGAUGUCGUUUAUUUCGGUGCACUUUAUGAAACUUUGUCCGAUGCCGAUUUUCAAAAGUACCCAUCCUUGGGAGCAUGGUUCACUGCCGUUUCCAAGGCUACUGCCGUCACCAAGGCUCUUGAAGUCGUAGAUAAGCAGAUCUCUAAGGCUGCAAAGAAGAAGCAGGCCGGUGCUGGUGACAAGAAGGGUGCUGGAGCAAAGCAGGCUGCCCUUGCCGAACUCAACCCUGCCACCCAGAAGCUCGGCAAAAUCGACUUUUUCGCCAAGCCUGAUCCUACCAAGAAAAUUCUUCCCAAGGAUGGUGAACGCAAUAUCCUUAUUACAUCCGCUUUGCCCUAUGUCAAUAACAUUCCCCACUUGGGUAACAUUAUUGGCUCUACAUUGAGCGCUGACUGCUAUGCUAGAUACUGCCGUGCACGAGGAUACAACACUUUGCUUAUCUGUGGUACCGACGAAUACGGUACUGCUACUGAGACGAAGGCUUUGGAAGAAGGUGUAUCGUGCCAGGCUCUUUGCGACAAGUACAACGCCAUUCACACCAGUGUAUACAAGUGGUUCGAUCUGGCAUUUGAUCACUUUGGCCGUACUACUACACCCAAGCAGACUCAAAUUACCCAAGAUAUUUUCCACAAGGUCCAUGGCAAUGGAUUCACUAACCAAGAUACCAUGACUCAAUUAUUCUGUGAGCGCUGCCAAAGAUUUUUGGCUGAUCGUUAUGUCGAAGGCGUUUGUCCUUCCUGCAAAUAUGAGGACGCUCGUGGUGAUCAAUGUGAUGCUUGCGGUCGUCUUCUCAACGCCACUGAACUCGAAAGCCCUCGCUGUAAGCUUGAUGGCACCGCUCCUAUUACCAAGGAUUCCAAGCACUUGUUCUUGGAUCUCGCCACGCUUCAGCCUGAUAUUGAAAAGUUCAACGAACGCGUUAAUACUGAAGGCAAGUGGUCUGCCAACGGUAUCCACAUUACGCAGUCAUGGUUGAAGGAAGGUUUGAGACCUCGUUGCAUUACCCGUGAUUUGAAGUGGGGUACUCCCGUUCCUCUUGAAGGAUUUGAGAAUAAGGUGUUCUACGUGUGGUUCGAUGCCUGUAUCGGCUACCCCAGUAUCACCGCAAACUACACCGAUGAUUGGGAAAAGUGGUGGAAGAACCCCAAGGACGUCAAGCUCUACCAGUUCAUGGGCAAGGACAACGUUCCCUUCCACUCUGUCAUUUUCCCUGGUACUCAAAUUGCUACCAAGGAAGACUGGACCAUGGUUCACCAUAUCAGCACCACCGAAUACCUCAACUACGAGGGUGGCAAAUUCUCCAAGUCGCGUAACAUUGGUGUCUUUGGUACCAAUGCUGAAGAAACUGGUAUUCCUCCCUCUGUGUGGCGAUACUACUUGCUGUCGUCGCGUCCCGAGACCAGCGAUGCCAUGUUCACCUGGAACGAAUUUAUUACCAAGAACAACAGCGAGUUGCUGAACAACUUGGGCAACUUUGUCAACCGUGUCAUCAAGUUUGUCAUUGCCAAAUACGAUGGCGUGAUUCCUGAAGCCGACCUUUCUGGCGAAGCCGAAGUGUCCUUGAGCAAGGACGUGAAUGCCUUGUUGACACAAUACGUGGAUGCGCUUGAAAACGUCAAGAUCCGCCAAGGUCUGGCGGUUGCUAUGCAGAUCUCGGCACGCGGUAACCUGUAUCUCCAGGAUGCCAACGUGAGCAACACGCUGUUCACCGAGAACCGUGCCAAGUGCGAUGCUGUUGUCAACAUUGCCAUCAACCUCAUCUAUCUUCUGUCUGCCUUGUUCUAUCCUUACAUGCCCGCCACCUCGGAGAGCAUCUCCCGACAGCUGAACGCUCCGUUGAGAAACAUCCCCGACCAGUUCACCUGUGAUAUCUUGGCCGGCCACAAGUUGAACGGUGCCGCAUACCUCUUCUCCAGAAUUGACGAAAAGAUGGAGUCAGAAUGGAAGGCCAAGUAUGGUAGCUCCGGAAACUAAUUAGAUAAUCACUGUUCUUAGAGAAUACAUGCCACUAACCCCCCCCCAACCCCCAACCCCCAACCCCACCCCUCCCGACCUUGUACAAUCUUCUUUUUUUCUUGUGUGCCG